AGGAGCGUGCUGACUGCAGGGUACUUUGCCGCCCAAACGGAUAUACCAAACUCAAUUUUUGAAAAUUGGGUCUCCUUGUAUCAUUUCAAACUUUAUAAUUUCAUCAAUUUCAGCUUCCACCUCAACGGCCUUGUGAAAACUCUCUCGAAGAUUCCGAAACCCUAGAGCUCUUCCAUGGCCAACUCCGAUUCCACUCCUCCUCUUCCCGUCGUCGCUCCACUAUCAUCCAGGAAGGAAAAUGUGACACCGAUCGGCUCAAAAAUCGCGGAAUUAAGUGAAUCAAGGACAGAGCUGCUUAGUAGAAUUCAAGGGCUGAAACAGGACUUGCAAAGUUGGAGGUCAAAGUUGGACACUCAAGUUAAGGUCUACCGUGAUGAGCUUUCUGAACUCAAAAAAUCACUCAAUGGUGAAGUGGAGCAACUUCGAUCAGAAUUUCAAGACCUAAGGACCACUCUUCAGCAGCAACAAGAGGAUGUUACUGCAAGCCUAAGAAACUUGGGGCUGCAGGAUGUCUCAGGGGAUGCUAAAGAGGUUCAAGAUACUAAAGAGGCCGAAGAUACCAAAGUUGACGCAAAUUAUAAGGAAGUUCAAGCUGCAGCCAAGGAUAAUGGUAAGGAAACUGAAAAUUAGACAGGUUCUGCUUGGAGUAUUCUUCAUUUAUUGUUAAUGCUCCAGCAGGAGACAAGCCCCUGUGUGGAUUUGUAUUGUGAGCAUUUUCCUAUGUAUUCGGUAAGUUAAAAGGGGAAGGUAUUUCCUUGUUCUCCAGCAAAGGACAGAACUCUCAUCUGAAUUAGUUGCUGUGGAAUUAGCACAUGCUAGAUUUUCUCUCAGAGAAACACUUUUUUUUAGCUUUUAUUUU